AUGGCACGCGCCAGCUCCAUCAUGUCCUUCGACAACCGCGAGGACUUCGAGGCCAACCUCAACGGCUCCCUCACGGUAGCGAUGUUCUCAUCCUCAAUGUGCGGCCCCUGCUUUCUCAUGGAGCCAAAGAUGGAGGAGAUGGCCUCGAAAUAUGCUCCCAAUGGAUUGAAAGUGGUGAAGAUCAGCUUGGAACCAGGCCGAAACGCAAAGGCGGUGAAGCCGCUCUAUUCGGAAAUGGAGGUUCGCGAGCUGCCGACCUUCAUCGUUUUCAAGGAUGGGGAGAUGCAGGGCCGCAUCACAGGCACCAGGCACGCGGAGCUGCAGGCCGCUUCCUCGCAUCGCUGUGGGAGCGGUCCAAGGUGUUGUUGCUUCAGUACGGGGUGCUAA